ACGUCCCCGGCCACGUCGCGCCCGCUCUCGCCAUCUUCGCCGCUUCCUCUCGGGGGGCCGCCGCCGCCUGGGCCCGCCGCGCCGACUGCCGCCGCCAUGAACAUCUUCCGGCUGACCGGGGACUUGUCCCACCUGGCGGCCAUCGUCAUCCUGCUGCUGAAGAUCUGGAAGACGCGCUCCUGCGCCGGUAUUUCUGGGAAAAGCCAGCUUCUGUUUGCACUGGUCUUCACAACUCGUUACCUGGAUCUUUUUACUUCAUUUAUUUCAUUAUAUAAUACAUCUAUGAAGCUCAUCUACAUUGCCUGCUCCUACGCCACAGUAUACCUGAUCUACAUGAAGUUCAAGGCCACCUACGAUGGCAACCAUGACACCUUCCGCGUGGAGUUCCUGGUGGUCCCCGUGGGAGGCCUCUCGUUUCUGGUCAACCACGACUUCUCUCCUCUUGAGAUUCUGUGGACCUUCUCCAUCUACCUGGAGUCAGUGGCCAUCCUGCCCCAGCUCUUCAUGAUCAGCAAGACGGGGGAAGCGGAGACCAUCACCACCCACUACCUGUUCUUCCUGGGCCUCUACCGCGCUCUGUAUCUCGUCAACUGGAUCUGGCGCUUCUACUUUGAGGGCUUCUUUGACCUCAUUGCCGUGGUAGCUGGCGUAGUCCAGACCAUUCUGUACUGCGACUUCUUCUACUUGUACAUUACAAAAGUCCUCAAGGGAAAGAAGCUCAGCUUGCCAGCGUAAGUGCCAAAGACCAUCGCCAGCGUCUGUCCUUCAGGGUGCUCGGACAGAAUUCGGACCGCAGAGAGGCAUAAGAUGCUUGAUACGGAAAAUCAGAAACUCCACUCUUUUGUUGCAGAUCGCCAUCAGGGCUCUGUGAGGACACAGAGCCAGAGAACCAGAAGGUUUCUGUUUAAUGCAUCUUGCCUUAUCUUUUUUUAUUACUAUGUACAAAGAUUUUUUUACACAAAGAAACUUAAUGCUGUAUUAAUAAAUUCAGUGUGUAGCUUCAAUUGGGGUAGUUCCAAAAGUGAAGAUUUUGUGAGGAAUAAGUGCAAACUUUUGUUUUUUUAAAUUCUUUGAAAUUGUUGAUUCUUUGUGUCUGCAAUGAAAUUGUUCUCCUGACAGUCGGUAGAUUAUAUAUUCGUCCAUCUAUCAAAUUUGCAUUCCACUAUAUUUAUUUUUUGCCAAAAGAUGAGUUGUAUUUGUUUGAAAUCUGAGGCACUGUGUUCGGUUUGGCAAAUUGGUUCAAAUUUCUUCCCACCUAACACAGAGAUCAUUCCUUGGACAUCGCAACACUACAUUUAAGGUUGGUAAGGAUGACUUGCAGGUCCUAUGGUUUUCAUUAUAAAGAUGUUAAGGUUCUGAGUGUAGAUAGAGUGUCAGUUAAUCGUCACCAAAGGUGCCUGCCCUCCUCCCCUGCAGAGUCAGCGGGAGACUCCCACGGUGCUGAGUCACUCCGUGGGCAGCAGGGGGUCCGAGUGUGGGAUGGGAGGAUUAUUUUGGGUAUUGGACUCUACUUGUUUUGAGGAAUGGGACACAAGUAGUUACCUGUCAUUUUAAUUUACAGUUCCAGAAGAGUACUACAGCCAUGUCCAUGCUCAGAUUCAAGUAGUUUCUCAUGUCACUUUUGGGUGGAAAAAUAAUUUUUUUUAAUUGGCAGCAUCAAUUACCAUUCUAUAUAUUCUUUUUUUUAAAGUGAGCUCUUGCAUGAAUUAUCUUGUGUUACCAUCCUGAAUAAACAUUUUAUUAAACAGAAUAAAUUGUCUUUUUAUGAAUUGGGCUUUUGGGAUGUCCUGUGUUGGGAUGAUUUUUUUUUCUUGUCAGUUGGCAGCAAAAGCUCUACAGGGUUGCAAACACUUAAAAUCCACUUAAUACUAUCCAUAAACUUUCUAUGAGGAUAGUAGAAUUUUCCUCCCGAUUUUGUCAUUAUAUUGAUCUGCUACUUUUUUGGAUUUGUGCAAAAAUGUCUUUGUUUUUAUGUGAUGCACCAUAAAAAAGUACUGAAUACUAA